AUGGCGGAAUAUUAUUUUCUAGACGAGGAAUAUUUCUUGAAGAGUCCUCAAAGAAAUAAACUUAACAAAGGAAUAUGCAGCAGUAAGAGCCUGAAGGGCAUGCGUCUGAACGUACCUCGGGCGGUACGAGCGGGCCACUCGGUCACUCUCGGCUGUGAAUACGACCUUGAAGACGCUCCCCUCUACUCGGUCAAGUGGUACCGAAACAACGGCGAGUUCUACCGAUACGUGCCAAAGGAGGAACCGCCUACCAGAGUGUUCUCUUUGCCAGGGUUACACGUAGAAGUGACUACGUCAAAUGACCACAACGUCACACUAAUGUCAGUGGGUCGUAAUAUUUCUGGACUAUUUCAGUGCGAAGUGUCUGCAGAUGCGCCACUGUUUCACACACAAAUGAUGUCGGCGCCCAUGACAGUUGCAGUUGUUCCCGUUGGAGUUCCAAUUGUGACAGUGGACAGGGCCGGUCUGGAGCACGGUAGGCCUCUGAUAGCAGACUGUCAUUCUCCACCCUCCUUCCCAGCUGCCAAUAUCACCCUGUACGUCAACGACGAAAGGGUGCCUGGUUACACCUCCGAAUGGAUCACCCACGUGGAGGACCAACUAGAGAGGAAGACCGGCAGGUUGGAGCUGUCGGGCGUGGGCGGCAGCUGGGGUACCCUGAGGCUCCGAUGCGAGGCCACUCUCUUCAGGCUAUACCGUGCCAACAGUCUGGAAGUGGAGAUCCGACCGGACACGCCGCAGCCGGCUUCUGUCCUGCUGGGACCAAGUAACAAAGGUGAAUCAGGUGCCACGUCUUCAAGUCUUCUGCUCCACAUCCCAUUCUUCCUAAUUACUGUAAAGAGUUGGCGGUGCUAGUCUAUAGUACGAAAGCUGCAAGUUUAUGAACUGACAUUCAGUGUAUUCGUCUGGGCAUGACGAUUUAAGGAUGCGCAGUAAUGUGAAAACGAAUGCGAAACUGUGAUUUUACCCAUUAGGGCCUUAUGACACGGUACAUUUACUAUAUUGAUUUUGAUCAAGAAAAUCUUGCAAAAUGUUCGAAAUUCUAUAAAACAUUCUUCUACUCUCGUAUUCCAAAUAUGCCCAUUAAAUAUCUGUUACCGAUUCAGAAUUAUUGUUUAUUUCAACAUAGAAUCCCAUUAUUAAAUAGAUUUUUGUCAAUGAAAACACGUACUCUUCAUUAUGAUACAAAUUUUCGGCCAAUAGGAAGACGUACUUACCCGGCAAUUCGUGCACUGAAGAUGUUGGAAUAUGUUGAAAUAUAAAUACUCUUUAUUAUUCCA